AUGGCGUCGCCGAUACCGCGCGAGUGGGUCGGGCUGCAGCAGUUUCCGGCGGCCACCCAGACCAAGCUGCACGAGCUCCUCGGCAAACUCAAGGAGGAGGAUGUGAGCACAUUAACAAUUCUGGUGAUGGGGAAAGGUGGAGUGGGGAAGUCAUCCACUGUUAACUCCAUCGUCGGGGAGAGGGUCACCACUGUCAGCGCUUUCCAGUCUGAGGGUCUGAGACCAAUGAUGUGCUCGCGCACAAGGGCAGGGUUCACCUUGAACAUUAUUGACACUCCUGGGCUCAUUGAAGGUGGAUACAUUAAUGAGCAGGCUGUUGACAUCAUUAAGAGAUUUCUGCUAGGCAAGACUAUCGAUGUUCUCCUGUACGUGGAUCGCUUGGAUGCGUAUAGAAUGGAUACACUGGAUGAACAGGUUAUAAGAGCCAUCACCAAUUCAUUUGGAAAAGAUAUUUGGCGAAGAUCAUUGGUUGUGUUGACCCAUGCUCAACUCUCACCACCUGAUGGAAUCGACUAUAAUGAUUUCUUUACAAGAAGAUCAGAGGCACUUUUGCGAUACAUCCGCUCGGGGGCAGGAAUCAACAAACGAGAAUAUGGGGAUUUCCCUUUGCCAAUAGCAUUGGUGGAGAACAGUGGAAGGUGCAAGGCUAAUGAGCAUGGGGAGAAGAUACUUCCGGAUGGAACUCUGUGGGUUCCAAACCUGAUGAAAGAAAUUACUGUUGUCAUCUCAAACGGGAGCAAGCCCAUUCAUGUUGAUCAGAAGUUAAUUGAUGGUCCAAACCCUAAUAAUCGCUGGAAGAUGUUCAUACCACUUAUCCUUGCUGUGGAGUACUUCUUGGUAGUAAAAGGAAUCCGGAGGGCGAUCCAUCAAGAUAUCGCAAACGGGAAGGUGGAUGACUGGGAGCAGCGUUACCGGGACUUGGUGGGAAGCAGGGACCCCGUAGAGCAGAAAGGUUCUACCUCCCGGAACCGCAAAGCCUAA